GAAGGGUAACGGAUGUUAUCUCCUUCCAUCAUUAUCCCGUUCAGAUUUUUCUCCUAAAAUUGAAUGGAAAAAUAGAAAGCUGCCUACACUCCACACUUGAAAAGACCAUUGGGCGGAAGUAAUCCAUUCUUUGUCACCUUCAGUCUUUUCAUUUUCUUCAAGUAAAGGAAAUUAGAAAGAGCUGCCAUCUCUCCCUCCCUCUCAUAACAAAAACACACCCUCAAUCAAUUGUCAUCUUCCUUUUAAUUUCCUUUCUCUGAUCUUCUCCACGAUGAGGAGAAUAGCAUCUUGUUACAGUGAAAACGCCAUAAAGAUUUCCGAUUCAUAUCGUUCAGGCCCUUCAAACCAGCCCAACCUUUCCACCAACCCGAUCCCUUCAAUCCCAAAUGCAAUCACAUGUAUAUACAAAACCAAACUCUCAACGCAAAAGGAGCUCCUGAUCACACUCACUUGGUGCAGAAACCUAACGGGCCAAGGCUUCAUUAUUGACGUCGGUGAUCACAACACGUCCUCCUCCCCCUCCAAGUUAAAUUCCAAUUCCUACCGACUGCUAAAGAGUAAAGGCACAAAAACAUUCCAAUCUUGCAACUCAAAGAUUGAGGUCUUCUGGGAUAUUUCCGAAGCCAAUUAUGAUGGCGCUGGACCUGAGCCGAUCGAUGGGUUUUAUGUCGUGGUUUUGGCCGACUCAGAGCUUGGUAUGCGCCUUGGAGACAAGGAUGAAGAAUUGGACGAGAAGAAAUACAAAACAGAAACCCCGCACGCAAAGUUCUCAUUGCUUUCUAGGAGCGAGCACUUCUCUGGGAACGCUGUUUAUUCAACCAAGGCACGGUUCUGUGACAAAGGAACUCCUCAUGACAUCUUGAUCAAGUGUGUUAGAGAAGAAGGAUCAAAGAGCCCGGUAUUAUCUGUUUGCAUGGACAAUAAAGAGAGUUUUCAGGUGAAGCGAUUAAGGUGGAAUUUUAGGGGGAACCAAGCCAUCUUUGUAGAUGGAUUGGUAGUAGAUAUGAUGUGGGAUGUUCAUGAUUGGUUCUUCAAUCCAACAUCUGGGUGCGCUGUUUUCAUGUUUAGGACAAGGAGUGGGUUGGACAGCAGGCUGUGGUUGGAGGAAAAGAAUUGGGAACAGAAGGAACAAGAGAUAUUUUCGUUGUUAAUCUAUGCUAGUAAGAGCCCUGAUUGAUUCUUUGUCGGCAAUUUUUUUUUUUUUUUUUUUUUUAAAUUCUACUA